UCAAAGGAGACCUACAUCUCUCAUUUAGCCCAGAUCUAAUUCUGCAGCCGGUCCGCGGGUACUCGGCUAUGUUUCCGGUGCAUCAUGAAGCGGUGCGGGUUGCAGAAAUCUCCAUUGCAGUUGUACCCUCGGUGAGUCUGUUCUGUGCUUAGACCACCGAUAUCAUGGUCGGUCGCUCGAGCCAACUAGAGGGCCAUACGAGUUCCUUCUCAAGAAUUUUGUUACCUCCCCUCCUCUUUCUACUGCAGAAGAGCAAAACUCUCACUCGGGGUUCUCUGCCGCGAUAUGCCCGCACCCACAUUCGUAGCUUGCUCUAAUCUCCACAUCUAGCCUGCUGCCGAUUCAUGGCCCGUUUUGUUAGCAAAAGUGCAUCCAGGAGGUAUCUGGUCUUACUCUUCUUGAUCGCUCUUUUUGGGGUUGUUUUAAUAGCAAAUUUUCUCUGGGCUACUUCUUCAUCUUCUGCCUCAUCGCCUAAUUGGUAUACGAACUUGAAUUUGACUUUGAAGAGUAAUGCCGGUGCUUCUGCUGUAAAAAAUACCGAGACGGGAAAGAAGAAUAGUGGGGUGAUGGAAGGUCAAAAUCUGAAUACGUUCAAUGCAACUUUUGCUGAUAUACCUGCACCACAAUUAGAGUGGGAGGAGAUGGCAGAAGCACCGGUACCUCGCCUUGAUGGGGCUGCUAUACAGAUUAAAGAUCUACUGUACGUUUUUGCUGGAUAUGGCACCAUUAAUUAUGUGCACUCGCAUGUGGAUAUCUAUAAUUUUACGGACAAUACAUGGGUAGGAAAGUUUGACAUGCCAAAGGAAAUGGCACAUUCACAUUUAGGUAUGGCGACAGAUGGAAGACACAUAUAUAUAGUCACAGGGCAAUAUGGACCACAGUGUCGAGGGCCUACAACUCACAAUUUUGUGCUUGAUACAGAAACAAAAACAUGGCAUGAUUUGCCCCCUUUACCUUUUCCUAGAUAUGCGCCAGCCACCCAACUUUGGAGAGGAAGGCUUCAUGUUAUGGGAGGCAGCAAGGAGGAUCGCCAUGAGCCUGCAUUGGAACAUUGGAGCCUUCCAGUGAAGGAUGGCAAAGCUCUGGAAAAAGAAUGGCGUACUGAGAUACCAAUACCUCGUGGUGGUCCCCAUAGGGCUUGUGUCAUAGCCAAUGACAAACUUAUUGUUAUUGGUGGUCAAGAGGGUGAUUUUAUGGCCAAACCUGGUUCGCCUAUUUUUAAAUGUGUUAGAAGAAGUGAGGUAGUUUAUAACAAUGUCUAUAUGCUGGAUGAUGGAUUAAAAUGGAGAGAUCUACCUCCAAUGCCUAAGCCAAAUUCUCAUAUUGAAUUUGCUUGGAAAUUUGUUAAUAAUUCCAUUAUUAUUGUGGGAGGUACAACAGAAAAGCACCCUGUGACCAAAAAGAUUGUACUGGUUGGUGAAGUUUUUCAGUUCAAUUUAAGUACUAUGGAAUGGUCAGUCAUUGGACGGAUGCCUUUCCGUAUGAAAACGACCUUAGUUGGAUUCUGGAAUGGUUGGUUAUACUUCACUUCUGGGCAGCGAGACAAAGGACCUAAUGAUCCUUCUCCUAAAAAGGUUGUCGGAUGUAUGUGGAGAACCAAAUUGCAAUUGUGACCUCAUAUUUUUAAUCUCAUCUAUUUUUAGAUUGGUAAGGUGUGUUUGGCCAAUAUACGAGGCUUUUUAUUAAUGUAAUUUUUUAGCCAUUGAUAUUCUUUUACGAGUAAAUUGUAUUUGUGCAAAUUGUAAAAUCUAUUUGUAAGCCCAACUUUUUCACUUGUACUACAAACGCAAACACAUAUCU